AUGGUCUAUGCUGGUGCAUUGAGUUAUUUCACCAUUUCAAAGUAUAUUGGCGGCUCCGGGAUGCACAUCAAAGAAGGGUACACCCUGCAAUUGCUUAAGACACCACAGGUGCGCGAAUUUGAGGAUCAGUUUGUGAAUGUCUAUGGAAAUCGCUUCUUGUUCCUUUGUCCGCCCAAUGAGUAUGGAAUUCCCAAGUUCCUUCCUUCCACUAUCCGACCCACGCACCUACCCUACCAAGAGCUCUACGAGUACAAGUCCUGUGCCAAAUUCUUGGCGGACUUCUUCAACUACGUCACCCGACUCGUUGACCUCCGCAGUCUGGAAAGCUGA